UUUUUUUACCGCGCCAUUUCACCAUGGAUCGUUCCCUCCACCACCAUCAAACUCACCGGCGGAGACUUCUAUAUAACUCUUCACUUUCUCUCUCCUCCCAAAAAUGAACUCCCUCUUGCUUCCAUAAGCGGAAACCUCAUCAAUUCCUCUCAAAUCUGCCCCCAAUCCCUCACUUGACUCCUUCCCGCUUCAGCUGAGGCCGAGAAUCUAGGGUUUCAGCGAUCGGCUCGAGCUCUGGGAUGGUUCUCACGAGGUUUCAAUGGCGGUACGGAGGUCGCCAGGUCUUCCUCUGCGGUUCUUUCUCGAGCUGGCUGGAGCAUUAUCCGAUGGCCGUUGUGGAGGGCUCGCCGUCGGUUUUCCAGACGAUUUGUGAUCUCCAGCUAGGGUUUCAUCAGUAUAGAUUCUUGGUUGACGGUGUUUGGCGCUGUGAUGAACAACAAUAUAUUAUUCCUGCGGAUCAUGGAAUGGUAAACAAUGUAAUUUUUGUAGAGGAGCCAAACAUUUUGAGUCCAGUCCCUCACUACGAUCCCUAUGUAUCUGGAACAAUGCAUGUAAAUGAUGGCCUUCCUUUACAUUUGGCACCACAGAACUACAUGCCACCAGGGUCGUUGAUUCCAAUCCCAGAUGCAGAGAUACAAACUUCUCGUAGAGGGAUUUCCAAUAUCCUCUCAAAUCAAACUAUAUAUGAUAUCCUUCCAGUCUCGAGCAAGGUCUUCGUUGUAGGUGCUCAGCUUCCUGUUAAACAGGCAUUCCAUAUCAUGUAUGAAGAAGGUCUGGCUGUUGUUCCUAUUUGGGAUGAUAGUAGAGCAACGAUAACGGGGAUGCUCACUGCUUCUGAUUUCAUAUUAAUUUUACAAGAGCUGCAGAAGAAUGAAAGAAUGCUCGCUAACGAAGAACUAGAAAUGCACUCAGUUUCUGCUUGGAAAGAAGGAAAACUCCAACUAUACAGACAGUGCAAUGGACCUAUAGGCCUAAAUUUAAGGCCUUUGAUUCAUGUCUCAGAUCAGGAUUGUCUGAAAGAUGUAGCUCUUAAGAUUUUGCACAAUGAGAUAUCAGCAGUUCCUAUUUUCAGAUCUUUGCUGCCAGAUUCUUCAUGCAUGCCAUUGUUGAAUGUCGCGAGCCUUCCUGUAAUUUUGAAAUACAUUACGUGCCAUUUGGGAGAGGUUGUAGGUUCAGUGCCUAUACUACAGCAUCCAGUUUGUAGGAUUCCUGUUGGCACGUGGUUGCCAGAGACUGGCAGAGGUAGUGGACAUCAUUUAGCAGUGUUGCAGCAGAAUGCCUCCUUGAGCUCUGCUCUUGAUUUGCUACUAAAAGGUAGAAUAAGUUCCAUUCCGGUAGUGGAUGGCAGCGGAUCUUUAAUCGAUGUAUACUCUCGCAGUGACAUUAUGGCUUUAGCAAAAGAUGAUAUGUAUGCUCGCAUUCAGCUGGACCAAAUAACCAUGAAUCAAGUAAGUGAAGACUGUUUCACUUGUACAUUUUACUUGUAAUUCUAUCAAUCUAACACAAUUUGUCACUAUUUCGCAGAAAAUGAUUUUAUGUUCAUACCUUUGUCCAACAUAUAUAUCGGCUUUAAUGGAGGGAAAAUUGCAAGAGCUUCAUUUAUACCUGGAUUUGCAAGAUAGUUCAAUCUAUCUAACAUAAUACUAAAACAAUUUCACCACUAUUUACAGGAAAUGGUUAUACCUUGAUCUAGUAUUGUUCUCUUUAUUCAAGGAAAAAUUACGUGAAAUCCCUUUCAUUUAUACCCAGUUUUUCAAGAAACUGGUUUAAUUUAUUAAGUUUGACAAAGAACCCCCUGAUUUUUGCAUGUUAAGCAUCCUUUAGUAGUUUAAAGAAUUAACUAAACUUUGUGAGGCCUCUUCCUUUUAUUAUUUUGAGGAGAGUAGCAUCAUGUUUUGUGAAGAGAUGCUUUG